AUGUUGAGUGAAGCCAUCCCUCCUAUUCUAGGAAAUUUGACUUAUACAGAGAAAUUGUAUCUGCAUGGUAACAAACUUAUUGGAUCGAUUCCCCCAGAGCUUGGAAAUAUGACAAAGCUCCACUAUCUGGAAUUGAAUGAUAACCAACUUACUGGGUAUAUUCCACCAGAACUUGUGAAGCUCACUGACUUGUUUGACCUAAAUGUAGCUAACAACAAGCUUGUUGGCCCAUACCUGAUAAUCUCAGCCCUUGUACAAAUCUUAAUAGCCUCAAAUACAAUUGCUGCCAUGCCUAUCGCGACACAAGAUGUGACAGCAAAUACAAAUGCUGCCUAUAAAUGCAGCCAAGGAGCUAUGGUAGCAUUUCUUGUACUUCUAACAGCAAAUAAAAUUGCUGUUACAGACCAUAAUUGUUGUAGUGUGGAAAAACUCUAG